AUGGACCAGUUACGCGCCGCCAUCUUCUAUCGACAUUCACCGGCAAUUUUCACCAGCGCGUCGGCCGCACUUGCCUUUUUAACAUUCUUAUCAGCAACGCCAUCGUUCCUCCCAUUGGUGUUUUUGGUGGCGACGACUCAAGUCUAUGCCCGGUUGAUCCUGUAUCGCAGGUUCCGCAUUCUACGCGCCACCGUGCUGUGGUUUGGGAUAACCACUGGAAUGUCUAUCGGACAAAUCAUGCCCUCGUUGCAUGCCUUGGUGACCCCUGGCACGUCAAUCGGUGUCCUAUUAGGCCUAUCCUCCGUAUCGUCACUGAUCACUUUGUUGAUUAUAUUUAUCGAUGUCCGAGUUUGCCUGCAACUGAACUCGCCGUGGUCUCAGCUCACCAUAUUCCCAGCCCUUUGGGCAUCCCUCUGGUCGUCCGUAUCCUACGCUAGCCCUUUCGGUCGGCUGGCCAUCUGGAGUCCAAUUGUCAGUGUGGACCAAUACCGAUGGUUAUUGCCUUUCGUAGGCCCGACAGGUAUCGACUGGAUAGUCGGAGCGUGGGCUGCUGUCUUGUCGCAAGCCUUUGGCGCUUGGCUGAUGGGCCCAGACAAGCACGAGGAUGCCCCCCUCCUCGUUGAAGUCGACUCACAAGAUAAUUCCUCUGAUAAAUUGACAUCCCGCGCCGCUAUAUACCUCGUUGGCCUGCUUGGUCUAUUUACCAUCCCAUCCUUCGUCUUGGUUUCAACGCCGCUGCCGAUUGAGUCCUCACGAACCACCCCCUUGUCUGUAGGGUGUGUCAUACCGUCUUACCACCGCUACAAGCACCGCCAUCUCGUCCUUCACGAUUUUAUUGAAGAAAGCAAGAAGCUAGCAUCGGCGCACAUCAUUCUAUGGCCAGAAGGCGCGGUUUCGUUCCGCGACUCUGAAGAACGGGACGAGGCUUUCAAGAACAUCAGUUCGCUGGUGAGCCGGGCCCACGUCGCGGUAUCGUUCGAAGAAUUCUAUAGCGAGAUCAGCAAUCCCAGAGUCAGCCACCGACGAACGGGUAUGGCUCUGAUUGCUCCCAAUGAUCCCAUACCUCGCUUCGUGUACUACAAGCGCCAUUUGGUUCCGAUCGCGGAAUCGUUCUCGAUGACACAUUCGGACGUACCGCCGGCUAUGUACACGAUGCUGUUGCCAGCGCCGCCAGGCUAUAACAAGACUGACUGGGCACCUCCACCUUCUUAUACUCGCCCUAUCGACGUCACCGCAUCAAUAUGUCUUGACUUCUCGGCCCCGUCGCCCUUCUUCAACCUUGGCUCUCGUCCGGGACUGAUACUCGGACCAGCGCGAACGUGGCAUAGGACGGUUGGGUUGGCCAUGUGGGAGCAGGCCAAGCAGCGAGCGGACGAAGUAGGGGGUACCCUGCUCUGGUGUGACGGAGGUGAAGGCGGCGUCAGUGGCGUAGCGGGGCAUGGGUUGACCGAAGUGACACAAGUUGGCGAAGGGUCCUGGAAACGCGAUAUCGGAAUCCCGUAUCCACUGCGUAGGCGACGCACGUUGUACGCAGCCGUGGGUGAUGUCCCCGUGCUCGUGUUCUUUUACAUCGUCGUCGGGCUUGGAAUGGCCAGAUCUGUACGAAGGCUGCCUGCCCUUUCUAUCAGCCUCCCUCGCUUCACCGAACUGAAGCGCGACAUCCGUGCUAUGAUUCGAGCGCGGCAAGGCGAUCCUGAGCAGCAGCCUCUUCUUGUGUAA